UUCUAGCGUCACUGGGCUACUCCAACUUUCCUCUCUAAGAUGUUUAAACUUACAUUGGUUUGAACAAACGAGAAGCAUAGGAAAAGCUCGCUUUUCGUUUAUAGUUGUGGCCUACAGAGCAUGAGGAUUCUUAUCUUAUUUCAGAAAUCAAAUUCUCUUGAUGCGACCUUUGGUACUUAAAAGUCAUUGGAUGUAUUGAAUGACCAAGACAUUUUCACCAUUUGACUGGUUGUCGGAGUUGAAAUGGGCCCUGGACCUUAGAAAGUACCCUUAUACUAAGAUUCAGUGCAUACUAAGGUCGUAUAAUAUUCAAGAUGCCGAUGCCUUCACUUUACAAUAUCUGUCUACAAAGAGUCUAUGAUCUACUGAAGACAGAAAUGUGGAAAACUUGCCCCUCAAAUCCAUUUUCGUACCUUCCAAAUCAUAUGGUGGACGAUCUCAUGACAAUCACACAGGCCCAUUUUAAAAUUGACCCUCCAACAGUUGCUGAUAUGUUCUUGCCCUUAACAAGUGGCAAGAUCACACUCCUCGAUCUCACUCCCUUCAAUCUGACGAGAGAACGGGAUGUCUGUGUCAAUGUAAUGCGCGCAAACAGCUUCAUGUCCGUGCAAGUUUUAAUCUGGUAUUCACAAGAUAGCAGCAGUAUGUCUUUGGUUCAGGUUUUCAUAUGCUUAUGUCCGAACUUAGAAGAAUUUUACUCGAUACUCCGUCCUAACUUCAAAAUCUUCCGGAUGUGUGAGAAGCUGCGUAUUCUUAAAUUCUGCCCUACACGUGGAAUGCUGAGAUCCGACUGUGCUCUUGGUUUUCCUGUGGACUAUAAUGAAUUGUCAUCUAUGAAAAAUCUGGAAGUACUUUAUUUACCUAAUGCGAGCGCAUCUAGGGUAGCCAAAGUUCUCCAACAUUGUCCCCAGCUGAUAUCAUUAGGACUUGUUGAUUCUCUUGAUGGUUUGGUGAAGAUUCAUGAAGAUCGACUCGAAAAGGAUUUGGGCCAUCUGGGUCAUUUUAGAUUAAGAAGAUGUGUCUGGGGAAAGAACAUAGAAGAUAAACUCCUGGAAUUUAGAAAGAAACUUUAUGUGCCUGAAGGAUUUCAUACAUUCGUUUCUAUGUAUAGGUUACAAUAUCCUGAGAAGGUAGCAGCUGCCGUUUCCCUCUGCCCACUUGUCGAAGAAUUGGUAAUUUGUACUAUCAACAGCGAUUCUCUUAAGGAGUUGAAAAAGCUGAAGAAUCUGACUCUUCUAAGUAUCAACUUUCGUUAUUGUGAUGAUGACUAUUUACCAAAUUUCACCGAACUUCUAAAAGUGAUAGGACAUCAGCUGCAACACCUUUCUGUGAUUUGCUCGAGCCCAUUGCCAGUUGACAUCAUAUAUAAUCAUUGCCCUAUUUUGGAGACUCUAGACAUUGAUGGAUAUGUAACUAAAAGCAAACCUGUACCUAUUUCCCUCAAUGUAUUCCUUAAGCGACUGCGAAUCACGGCAGGUGAUGCAAAAAGUCUUCGCCUUUUCCUUUCCAAUUGCAAAUGCUUGGAGGAGAUAUCUCUCAAUGAUGUUCUAAGCUUAGAUGACAAUCUCCUAUUCCAAAUAUUGGCAUUGAAUCCUAUGAGAGAACUGAAAGUUCUUGGAAUUUUGAAUUCUAGUCUCUCAAGAAAAGGAUUCCAGAUGAUUCUGGAAAAGGGAAUUUGCUUGGAGAGAGUUUCUUUUUCUGCAUUUGGAGAGGAAGUUUCUUGUAUGGUAAAAACUUUAAUCGAGGAGCUUGAACUUAAUUAUGUUGACUUUAAUCAGAUAGAAAAGGAAAGAGUUUUUCAUUAUAUGUUAGAUGUGUCACGUUUUUAAUUGUAUUUCUAGUUUCGACAAUCUUUUUUUAAGACACUUUGUAUGAAGAUUAUCUUUGGAUACUUUGAGGGCAUCACAAUUUGUUUCUACAUUUUUUUUAAAAAAAGAAAAGGUGAAAUCUGAAUGUUUUUAAAAAGUAUCGCUUUAAUACAAAAAUGAUGGUACUGGAAUGUUUUUAAAAUUGUGUCUUUUAUAUAAUUGGAAAAGUAUUUAAGGUAAAUGGACUGAUAAGAUUAAUGCCUCAAAAAUUAUUUAUGAGGUGACUUCUAAAAAUUGAAAUGGGACUGAAAUUCUUAUUUCAUUUUGUCUUUUUGGUGUAUUUAUAUUCUAAAUAGUUCAACAUUUCCCUGAAAAAGUACUGGAAUUCAUAAAAGGCAAAUUCACAAGGAUUUUAUG